CGGAACUAUCCAAACCUCGAUGAACAGAGAAACGCUAAAUUGUUGUAAAAAGACGUAACAUUUUUUAAUUAGUUUGUAAUAAUGAGCACAGUAGCAGCUGCAGCUACAGCCAUGAGUGUUCUUGUAGCUUCCACGUUCCUCCUUGUCGUUAUGAUGGCAAAGGGUCAAGAUGCGCAGAGACUUGCAGCAUCUGCAGCUAUAACUAACAAAAACAAUAUUUCUCAGCUGCUGGAACCAAAUGGGCCCCCCGUCCAAUUCAUUGUGUUUGUUAACGGUCAAAAGCCAUACAACUUGAAAAUUGGAGAUUUUCGAGGAUUCGAAGAUUCCGGAUUCAAUACUAGUCUACCCACGAAGAUCAUUACCCAUGGCUUCAUGAGUAGCAUCAGAGAAGAAAUCUUUGUAAUGAUGAAAAACGCUUAUUUGUCGACUGGAGAUUACAAUGUGGUAGGCAUGGAUUGGUCGGUUUUAUGUGAAUUCGAAUAUUUCUCCGCUAUGAAAGGAGCGCAAUUAGCAGGGGAAGCUUUGAAUAACUUUAUUAAUUUUAUAGCAAGAGCUGGAGUGAAUCUGGAAGACGUUCAUGUAAUAGGUCAUAGUUUAGGAGCUCACGUUGCUGGUAUUGCUGGAGAUGGAAUAAAAAAUGGGAAACUAGGAAGAAUAACUGGUCUUGAUCCCGCUGGACCUGGUUACAAUGAUGUACCUCCAAACUUGAGAUUGGAUCCUGGAGAUGCUAAACUUGUAGAUGUAAUUCACACUUACAUGCGGAUCUUAAGUUUGGCACAACCUUUAGGACAUGUGGAUUUUUAUCCGAAUGGAGGAAGAUUUCAACCGGGAUGUCCGGAGUUAUACGACAUUUGGAAAGUAACAGAGAGCAUUGCUUGUAACCAUGGAAGGGCUUAUAUGUACUUCAUUGAAUCAAUUCUCAAUGAGAAGGCCUUCAAAUCUCAAAAGUGCGCAAACGUCGAUGAGGCAAUCUAUAGCCGUUGUUUCGAGGAGUCCGAUGUUUACAUGGGCCAAGCCGAUACCUAUAAAUAUGGUUUAUACUACGUAAAAACUAACACUAAAUAUCCAUUUUCAUUAACUUAAAGACCAGAGAAUUCACCGUGUGGUUGAUUUAAUGUGUUAGUACAUGUUGAUGAAUUUAUUUUUUAAACCCUAGCAUGUUUAUUUCAAUACUUG